AUGGCCUUCAACCUAAUAGCGAUGGCCUCCACCUAGUAGCUUCUUGUUACCACAUAUGGCCUUUUGAUGCCUCUUGGCUUGAGAGAGUUCACCUGUCUUGUUCCAAACGACUGGAACCAGCGAUGGCGAUUUGUAUCCCUUCGUGUGUUGCAACCGGAAAUGUGGGCGUGAUUCAAGCCUGUGGGGAGUAUAAAGGGAUUCAAGAGCCUGGCUGCAUGUGUCUUUGCUUUCCCUGGCGCACGGUGAAAGUGGUGUCUAUGGCAGUGGAGCAGAUUCCGGUCAAUUCAGACUGCAAGACCAAAGAUAACGUCACCGUGACGGUGGUGACAGCUGUUCAGUACCGAAUUCAAAAAGACAAGGUGAAGGUGGCCGUGUUCGACAUUGCAAACCCCGAGAGUCAGAUCCGAGCCGAAGUGGACAGUGUUCUUCGAUCGACUCUUCCUACCUUGACUCUGGAUGAAAGUUACGAGGCCAAGGAGAAGAUGGUGGCUGAAAUCUUGGAGUCAGUGAAGGAGCCGAUGGGUCGGUAUGGCUAUGAGAUUAUCAAUGUCUUAGUGACCGAUAUCCGACCUGAGAAAUCCGUUUUGAAGGCCAUGAACGACAUCAACGCCUCGCGGAGGCAGCGAGAGGCGGCCUUUGAAAAGGGAGAGGCCGACAAGCUUCUGAAGAUCAAAGCCUCCGAAGCGGACGCCGAAGCGAAGCGCCUCGCGGGUGUCGGCAUGGCCCAAAUGCGCGCUGCGAUGGCCGAGGGCUACCAGGAUUCGAUGAUGUUCAUGAAAGAAAGCGGCAUGUCCGAAAAAGAAGCCAUGCACAUGAUGAUUCUGACUCAGUACCUGGACACUUUGAAGGACUUUGCUUCAACUCACAACUCCAUCGUGGUCCCCCAUGGCCCUUCAAGUGUCGGUGGCCUCGAGUCGCAGAUUCGUAGUGGGCUCCUGACCUCUGCCGCUCCUCAGCAGAAAGCCAUGAAGGGCGCCAUGUGUGGCGCCGCCUAAGGGCAACGGGGCGAAGACCGCCCGGUGGUUUCACCGCGUCCAAGACGAAGUAGCGAUUCUUUGUUUCGAUGUUGAAGGUUAGUUGAAUCAAUGUAUUCAACCGGUGGGGUUCUUUGCCUCAAGGACACAACUGAGAAAACAUCCUGUUGCGAGAUCCCAA